AUGGAGUGCUUGAAAACAAAUUCCCCCCAAAAUGCAGUAGAAGGUGUACUAAAUACACUUGAUUGCCCUAACGCUGGAGUACUCUGUCCAAAGGAGAAGGUAGUCUGUCCAAAAGCAGGAGUUGCCGGUACCAGUGAAGCUGAUGAAGAACCAAAAACAGAUGUUGAUGAUCCAAACGCAGAUGAGCUUGAUGAUCCAAAAGGAGAUGGGGAGGUACUGGCUCCAAGUGCAGGAGUUGAACCAAAUAUGGAGGGUGUUGCUGAUGAAGUUGACCCAAAGGGUGAAGAACCAAAUGCAGGAGUAGAUGUGGAUCCCAAGCCGGAACUGCCAAAGGCUGGGGUUUUUGGAGCAAAGCUGACUGUCCAAAACCUGUAAAAUCGGGUAAAUUUGAAUUUUUAUGAAAAAUGGCAAAACGGUAAUUUUUCACUACAAUACGGAUUAAAAACCCAAAUUUUUCUAGAACUCGAAUGACGAAACAUACCUCAUUGUUGGAUUCAUCUCGCGAAAUUUAGUUACCCAGUAAAUUUUUGUCGAAUUCCGAGACAGUGAGAUUUUUCGCAUUUUACAAGACGAUCGGAUGUCGCGUGACCUAAAAACGAAAUAUGGAAUAAAAUUUUGAAAGUUUAAAAAUAAUUUAAAAGAAGUUCAUAUAAAAAUAUUUUGAACUUGAAUCGGGACGAAAUUUAAUUAUUUUG